UUUACUACGGCAUGAAACCAAAGCCUACCAAAACCUUUUAUCAAACACACCGUAGAGAAUGACAUGAAUGCUUACUGCGUAGUGCGGAGCACCCUGCCGCCCUGUGGCCGACUCGCUUGAAAGUUGGGAAUAAAAGGUAGACGGAUUUUUAAGGUCUGUUGUGCCCUUCCGGUAGGGCUGCUGCUAUACAGUGUUAGUUCAGUUACAAAGAUUUGGGAUAGAAAGAGAUGGUGAGACUCACUGCCGAGUUGAUUUGGAAAAGCCCUCAUUUUUUCAAUGCUGUCAGGGAGCGAGAGUUAGAUCUUCGAGGUAACAAGAUUUCAGUCAUCGAAAACUUGGGUGCUACCGAGGACCAAUUUGACACUAUUGAUUUGUCUGAAAAUGAUAUUGUUAGGCUGGAAAACUUUCCGCAUCUUAACCGUCUGGGUACUUUGCUUAUAAAUAAGAACAGAAUUACUCGUAUCAAUCCUAACAUUGGAGAGUUCUUGCCAAAGUUACACACAUUAGUUCUUACGAACAACAAGCUUGUCAACUUGGUAGAAAUUGAUCCUCUUGCUUCCCUUCCAAAGCUGCAGUUUCUUAGUCUGUUGGAUAAUAAUAUUACAAAGAAACCUAAUUAUAGGCUAUAUGUGAUCAACAAACUGAAGUUGCUUCGGGUUCUAGAUUUCAAAAAGGUGAAAAACAAGGAGAGAAUGGAAGCAAGCAAUUUAUUUGCAUCUAAAGAAGUUGAAGAAGAGGCUAAAAAGGAAUCCACAAAGACUUUCACACCAGGUGAGGUACCCAAUGUUCCAGAAGUUGCAGAGGAACACCAAACUCCAAAAGUGGCUGCCCCAACACCUGAGCAAAUUAUAGCUAUCAAGGCUGCCAUUGUGAAUUCCCAGACUCUUGAAGAGGUCGCAAGACUUGAAAAGGCAUUGAAGUCAGGUCAACUUCCUGCAGAUUUGAAAACUUUGGAUGAGGAUACCGGGGCAAAUGUUGUCAAACAAAAGGAUGAGAAUAUGGUCUCCAAUAUCCAGAAUGAGGCUGAUGGUAAGCCAAAUGAUAUGGAGGAACAAAGGAAUGAUGAACCUGCACCCAUGGAACAGGAGUAGAAGGAUACUUUUGGAUUCCAGUCUCCUCAUGAAAGAUCGCCUUCCCUUUUGCACUCCUUGAGGGUGUUUUUACAAUUGAGACUUUUUUGGGGAUAUUUCAGAAAACUUAUGAGUACUUCAUCAAUGGUUAUGCGCAUGUGCUAAGCCUAAGUAUAACUCUCCCUACUUUCCUGAGUCGUUUUUCUCAAACUCCAACCCCCAUCCCCUCUCUCUCCUCCCACCCCUCAUGGGGCCUGGGGUUGGAAAUCCUUUCCCUGUGCACGUACUGUUAUUACCUGAAUUUGAUGGGGUUUGGCUAAAUGGACAGACCUUGAUCGAUUUCUUAA